CAGAGAGGGAAGCGAAGAGCUCAGCGAUGGAGUUCACCCUCAGCGGCAACGCCUUGAAGGCCUUCGCUCGCUCCAUCGCUUGUCUCUCCCGCGUCGGAAACGACCUCGCCAUUGAAGCUUCUCCUUCCCAGCUGUCCUUUCAUGCACUCAAUUCGUCAAGAUCUGCGUAUCAGUUGAUUACCUUCAAGCCAGACCUCUUUGAUGUGUUUACAGUAUCUGGCGCGCAGGUUCAAUGCAGCGUUCUUUUAAAGGCGGUCUGUUCUGUCCUUAGAACACCUAUUACAAACAUUGAUUAUUUGAGUGUGCAAUUAACAGACGUCUAUGCAUCAAAAGUUCAAUGGGUUCUUGAGUGCUUCAACGGCAUUAAGAAAACAUACUGGAUUACUUGCAAUGUUGACCCCGACAUACAGCAAUUAUCUCUGGAUAGGAGAAGAUACCCAAGCAAUUUUGUAGUGAGGCCUCGUGAUCUGAACAGAUUGCUUGCAAAUUUUCAGUCGUCCCUUCAGGAAAUUACUAUCAUUGCACCGGAACGCAACUCCAAUCCUUCUGAUGCUGCGAGCGAAUUCGGUGGGAAAGCUGUUGAGUUCCGAGGCUACAUUGAUCCUACCAAAGAAAACGACUCUUUGCUGCACACUCAGCUGUGGAUAGAUCCUGCGGAAGAGUUUGUGCAGUAUGCUCAUAAAGGCAACCCAGUAGAUGUGACUUUUGCCGUCAAAGAGUUGAAGGCAUUUCUUACAUUCUGCGAGGGAUGUGAAGUGGACAUUCAUUUGUACUUUGAGAAGGCUGGCGAGCCUAUUUUGAUGUCCCCUAAAUUUGGCAUUGAUGAGGGGGCCUCUUCCAAUUUUGAUGCUACACUUGUACUGGCCACCAUGCUCAUAUCACAAUUACAUGAAGGUAAUACUGGACCUUCGGAAAAUGGAAUGCCAGGCCAGGCUGAUACUGGGGAAGUCUCUGGAGAACAGCCAGUCAGGAAUGGAACAAGUGCUUCCGAGAUCCCCUCAAAUCAUACCAGAAUAUGGUCUGAACUCUCGGGAAGUGCUGCGAGAAGUGGCAGUGGUUCUGAUGGAAGGCAAGUUCCUGAAGAAAGGAUCCUAAAAGCUGGUGGUCAGUCAGGAAUUGAAAGGACCAGCACCAUUCAAAUAUCAAAAGCUGCAUCAGCUGCAGGAAACAUCCAAACUGGUCCAGAUUCUUCAUCUCUCAAUCUGAUGGACAUGGUCUUUCACAACGUCAUCCAAGUAAUUGGGUUGACGCCAAUGAGGAUGACGACGACGACGAUGAUAACGAGGAUGGUGCUGGACUCUGUGUUCGAUCAACGCCACCAUACUAUGAAGAUCAAUGACACUAUGUUUCCUGUUUGACUAUGAUGAUCUUGCUCUCUUAGUUUUACUGGUAAGUGCUUUUGCCUUCCAAUGCCUGAUUUUUCCUGUCCUCUGUUCCUUCAAAUAGUUGGAGCAGUGUCUAGCUUGCUU